AUGGAUAAAAAUGCUGAUUCUUAAUUCACUUCAACUUUUUGGCGAUAGAUUCAUGAAGAAUAUUUUAUGAUAGAUACACCUGUGUCAUUGAAUAAGAUGAUAAAAUAAUGUAAAAAAAGUAAUAGUUAAUAACUAAUUUUAGUUUCGAAUAAUGUCAACUAAUAAGCAAAUGAUUUAAUCUAUAAAGUCUUAAAAUCUUAGAAAAAGAGCAAAAGUAAUAUAGAAAAAUAAAAUGAUUCUAAUCUAAUCCAUCGUUUACAAUUAAUUUUGAUGUAAAGAGAUAAAUCAUCCGAGCCAAUCUAAUAAUUGAUUGAUGAAAUGACUGAUAGAAUUUGUGAAUCUAAACUUGUUACAGAACUAGAUAAUUGUAAUAAAUUAUUAAGAUAAAUUCAUUCACUGCCAGAAGAAAAAUAAAUUGAUAUUUAUUAUUAAGAAGAAUAAUAAUUAAAAAGUUUGCAUUCUUAAAUAGAUUGGCCAGAUUAAAUAAGUUAGGUAAUUAUGGAACUUGAAAAUGAUUUAAUUUCGGUGCAAUAAAAAAACAUUUAGAAAAUCCAAAGGUAUAUUUAUAUUUAUAGAAUUAAGUUUGUAAACACAUAUUGAGGAAAUUAAUAAAUCAUUAAGAUAUCAAUAUAGUAUUUAGAAAAUAGGUGAGUUUGCCUUAAAAAUUUAUAGAAAUUAGAUUCAACAUCAUCAAGAGGAAUUAGACAAUCUUUAUAAGUUAAUCAUAUUAUAUGAAGACUAUUAAGUUGCUGAAAGUAUUGGAAAAGUAAAUGUUAAUUAAGAAGGUAUAAAAUUAUCACAUAAUGUUUAGAUUAGUCAGUUACUGUUAUUUUGGAUAAGUAUUUAAGUGAAAAUCCUUUAGUUAUAAGUUUAUCAUAAUUUGAAUCUCUUGAUAGAUUAAGAGAAACAAGUAUCAAAAAAUCAGAUUUGGAUUAAAUACAUAAUUAAUACUUAUUUAAUUAAGAUUUAUAGAUGUGUCACUAUUGUAGAAAUCUUAUAGAUAAAAGUAAAUAAAAAUAAUGUACAUAUAAUCAUAUCUAUAUGAAUUUACAUUAAUAUAAUGAUGAUUUACUGAACUAACAAAGAUAUUGCAUAUCAUAAAAGAAUAUGUAAAAAUUUUAUCAAGAUUUAUAUUCUGCAAAUUACAUUAUUGAAAGUAAAUAAAUUUAAUGAAUGGUAGAUGAAUAAAUUGAAUGCUAAAAAUAUUUUUGUUAUAAUUGCUUAAAAUAUGAAUUUGACGAAUAUGAAAUUUCAGAGAAAGAUUGGAUUUGCCCAUUAUGCAAAGUAUUACUAUAUCUUAAAUUAGGGUUUAUGUCUAUGUAUUCGAUGUUAACGCAAUGAUGUAAUAUAUAAAUUGAAAAGAAAUUUAUUAGAAAUUAAUGGGAAUUUAGAUUUCCUUUAUGAUUCUUCUCUUUUUGAAAGAUUAGUUAGUAAUAAGAGAAGGUUGAUUCAAAAUAUCUCUUUAGACUUUAUUAAUAAUUUUAAAAUAAAUUCAGAGACUGAAGAAAUAUUUUCAUCAAAAAUUUGUAAAAAGAAAAAAAUUAAUAUCACUAAAUAAAUUAAAAAGAAAAAGAACUUUGAUACUAUUUUAGUUUUGCCAAAAUAUAUUAAUCAUGCUGAUAGUUCAUCAUAAUAAACAAAGAUUAAAAUAAAGAAUAAAUUCAAGAGACUAAUUCCUAAUGAUAGUACUUUAUUUUUAUGA